AUGUACAUUCCACAGAAACGGGAUCUCAGUCGGAAGAAUGGCAUCUUCAUCAUUUGUGCCUCCAUAAUUCUCUUCUUCCUCGCCUCAGCCGCGAUCUCCUACUUCUUGGCUCGAUGGCUGCGGCAACGGCACUACGAACCAAAGUAUAUCCCCGGACAAUACUUCAAACGCAAAUGGAAACAAUGGUGCCCCGGUAGCGCCUCCUAUGGCCAAGUCUACAAUCCAAACGCUGGAACGGCCGAGAAUGGAACCUCAUAUCGCGGCGGAGGGGGCAUCAACCCUGAGAUGACAACCGCAGAUGCUGCCAACACCAAUGUUCGCCGAGAGACCUCCAUCCGAUCCAUCAUCACUCUACCUCCCUACUCUGCCAGUCCAAAACCGACCGAGCAAGUCGUCGCUCGAGAAGGCGAACGUGGUGGAAUGGAUAUGGUCGUGGAGUUCCCGGAAACCCAAGACGAACAAGAGACACGUCGCGAAGAUCAAAUGGACGCUCUAUACCAGCUGCGUGUACAGAGACGCCAACAAGCCGCCGACCGCGAAACUCGUCGUAAUGAGCGACGAGCAGCUCGAGCCCGUGGCGACUCGGUGCGACUCGAAGAACUCGCAGCCGAAUCUCGUGCUCGCAACAACCGUGCUCGCGGAGAAAGUAAUACCUCACUGAGUGCAUCCGCCGUCAUUGCUGAGCAUCAAGCUCGCGAAAGAGAUCGUCGUAUCUCCAGCGUCAGCUACGCGGAUAUCGGCCAUGUCAGACACGAUGGCUCUCGCCUUCGAGCCGACUCACACGAUUCCGAUCACCAUCCGCUUCUACAAAAUGCAUCACUCAACACAUCGUCGCCUUCCCUGUUGACCAAUGGGCGCUGCGCCCCACGUCAACACGAGGAUCAGGCAACCCACCCCCCCCAAACCGACGAACAAGACAUCGGAAAUUUAAAUAUUGUUCCCCCGCCACCCGAGUAUGAUCAUCUCGAAUGGGGCGAUGCACCCGCCUACGAAAGUCCCACCCGGGAACGAGCUGAACAAUCCAAUCGACCUGCGCCUCUCUUGACACGCCUACCAUCAAUCCACGUCAACAUCGCCAGUCCUAUUACCAUGUCACCCGUAUUUUCGUCCGGGCUGCCGCCCCGAGAGGAUAAUAACCAAACGCCGACCCCGCCAGACUCCAUCCCGGCACGAAGCGAGGUUUCGCAUACCCAGGCGGAGCAUACUGGAUCCACUGACAACCACCCCAUUGUUUCACGAUGA